UGAUCCAAACCUAUUUUGCCUUAGCGGCAACCUGCGAAUAAUGUGUGGUCAAAGAAGAGGCGUUGUAGUUCAGAGUGGUCGAUACCCGGCUGUCAUGAUGGUUCAGUUAUUUUCAGUUCAGUUGUAACCGAGCUCUCUACGAGAGAAUGAUCUAUUGUUGCAAACUAUCACGUGUCUGCGCAUGACACCCUCGGAAAAGUUGCAGUUGGCGGAAUCCGGCGAAGUGUUAUCAUGUCCACCAAAGCCUGUACAUGAAGACUACACCUGGAACGACGGAGUUAAUGAUUGUUUCGUCAUCUGCGGGUCUAUUCUUCUGCACUAGGAAGUUAAGGGGAGGUGCCACGACUUUGCUACCCGAAUGUAACAAUUAGGCGAACCUUGAUGAAAUCAGAUUGGUUGCAAUUAAUAUGCGGCGGCAGAAAGCAGUCGGGUGCGUGUAUCCUAGUUCUGCGGCCACAUCCAGUUAAAUCAUUUCACUGAAGAGGAUGAUUUAAAUUGAUAUUCAGUAGUAGAUUUUGUGCUACUUUGAAGGCAACCAGUGAUAUAAUUCGUUUCAAAUGCAAUGGAAGCUUAUUUGCUAAAAUUUAAAUGGCAGAAUCUGGGAUUUGCGAGGGAACGCUGAAUUGAUUGGAGACCAUCGGAAUUGCCCGCCCUGUGUCAUUCAUUACCUGUUGUGCAGGCACGGAAUUUUCACGCGCUGUUCUAGCAACCCAACAGCUGAACAGCGUUGUCUCGGCGGCACAUGCAAACUGUCCGCUCCACCACUUCCCAUCUGCGCUCCGGGCACUUGAAACGAGGAACGCGUCCCGAGUAUAUUCUAUGUGAAGCUGCGAAAACGGGUAAUUCCUUCGGUCUCUCCCGUCUGCAGUGAGGCAAGGACGAAAAGUCACGGUUUGGCCGAGCUGCAGCCAUGGACCAGGACGAGAACAAGAGCGUCUCGAAAAAGACUAUAAUUGCAAAGAUUUUCAAAGUUCGCAAGAGGAGAGAGAUGCUUUUCGUGCAAGUGUGUUUUCUCUGCAGUGUCCUCUUCAUGGCGUGGAGCAUGUCAGCGCUUCUGACAAAGACAGGCCAUGGAAUGAUCCUGGAGAAUGGACACGAGAAGCACGAACAUUGGGGAAGGAGGCUCAUGGGACAUGAACCCGACAACGACAAUGAGACAGAGUGGAAGAACUGCACAGAGCCAGCGAUCAAGGAGUUCCCUGAAGACCUUUUCACCAACAACGAGCGCAAGAGUGGGGCCGUCCUGCUGCACAUAGUGGCGGCCCUCUAUAUGUUUCUGGCCCUGGCUAUAAUCUGUGACGACUACUUUGUGACAUCGCUGGAGAAGAUCUGUGAGAAACUAGACCUAAGUGAGGAUGUUGCCGGAGCCACUUUUAUGGCAGCUGGGAGUUCUGCUCCAGAGCUGUUUGCCUCUGUCAUUGGUGUCUUCAUCACCCACGGUGACGUGGGGGUGGGGACAAUCGUUGGCUCAGCCGUCUUCAAUAUCCUGUGCAUCAUCGGUGUGUGCGGAAUCUUCGCCGGACAGGUCGUAAUGUUGGGUUGGUGGUCUGUUUUCCGAGAUUCAUUCUACUACAUCUUGUCUAUCCUAGCUCUUAUUGCAUUCAUUUACGAUGAGAAGGUGGUGUGGUGGGAAAGCCUGGUGUUGGUGCUCAUGUACUGUGGAUACAUCCUCAUCAUGAAGUUUAACCAGAGCUUGCAGAAGUUGUUCACGGGGAAAGGGGGUAAAGAUAAGAACCAGGCCAACGGUAACGCGGCAGCCAGCAGCGAGAUGGAGGACGUUAAGCCCAGUAAGGCUUACAGUCGUGGCUCUGUGGUCAUGGUCGAUGAGAUUAUGCACGCCAGCCCUCCCAAGUUACGCUUCCCAGAGGCCGGCCUCCGCGUCAUGGUCACCAGCCAUUUUGGACCAAAGACCCGGCUGCGCAUGGCCAGUCGCCUCAUCAUCACUGAGCGUCAGAAGCUGGUCCAGGGUGCCAACGGGGUGGAGACCCAGGUUCUGGAGGGGAAGGUGGACAUUGAGAAUGGCAACGUGCCUGAAGACAAACCAGCAGAGGAGGAGCAGGAGAAUGAAACCAUCUCCCCCUUUCAUAUCCCUGAUGGCAUCGGCAGCAAGUGCAAGUGGCUGAUCUCGUGGCCCCUGCUGCUCGUCCUGUUCUUCACCAUCCCCAACUGUGCCAAGCCUCGCUGGGAGAAGUUCUUCAUGGUCUCCUUCUUCCUUUCUACCGUCUGGAUCGCUGUCUUCUCCUACUUCAUGGUCUGGAUGGUCACCAUCAUCGGCUACACCCUUGGCAUCCCAGAUGUCAUUAUGGGCAUCACCUUCCUGGCAGCGGGCACCAGCGUUCCAGACUGCAUCGCCAGUCUCAUUGUUGCUCGGCAAGGAUUGGGUGACAUGGCAGUGUCCAACACCAUCGGCAGUAAUGUGUUUGAUAUCCUGGUUGGGCUGGGCGUUCCCUGGGCACUGCAGACCAUGGCGGUCAGCUACGGCUCUGAGGUCAUGAUCAACAGUCGAGGACUGGUCUACUCUGUGGUGUUGCUUCUGGGAUCUGUGGCUUUGACGGUGGGGGGGAUCCACGUGAACCACUGGAAGUUGGAUCUGAAGCUGGGUAUCUACACGCUGGUCCUCUACGCUGUUUUCCUGUGUUUCUCCAUCAUGAUCGAGUACAACGUCUUCACCUUCGUCAACCUGCCCAUGUGCAUGGAGGAGUAGCUGGACCACGCCCACCUCUGACCUAGGAAGCUCCACUCCCUCAACCCCUAACGGCAACCAAUCACAAUCAACGUUCCCCAUCCUCCACCACGUUACUAAACCUGGUUACCUGGUUAUCUCCUGUCUGACUGGUCACCUGUCAUUGUCAUAACUGACCUGUUGACCUCUUGAUCUGAUCCUGGUCUUGAAAUCUUUUCUUUCCCUGUGCUUGGACUCACUUUCCCAUGAGGCUUUGUUCUGACGAGUGGACAGAGGCAUUUAACAAACUGGACCCAUUUUCAGACUAGUCCAUUUUCCAUUCUCCCAUCCACACUAUCUGUUGUCUUACUGGGCUUUCCUUAGCAUUCCCCCACAGGCUCUAGAAUCAACCCUACAGUAGUCUGCCUCUCACAAACAACCCACACAUACCUCCGUCCAGGUUAGGGUUAGUCCUAACCCUCAAUAUUGACCCUCACCCCUUCUCCUACUCUUCCCCCAUCCAAACUUCUCCUCUUCUCAUCCCCACCACACCGAUCCACCCAAAGACCCUAUGGAGAAUACACAACCUCUCCCCCGAAUCCUGCUUGUACCCUCAACCUUUGGAGGAGGAAUUCUCCUCCUUCUCUUUCAGACCUGGACCCCUCUGACAUAGUCCGAACUUUGACUUUUUCCAGAUUGCUACGUCCCACCCCUCUGCAGCAGACACUCAUCUUUCACUCCUCUAUCUACUCUUUAACUUUUCUCUUCUCUCGAUCACCUCUUAAGACAUUUUGUCAGAAAGGCUUUGUGUCUGAGAAUACCAGAAGACUUUCAUGUUAAUUUGUCAGGAAGCUUUGUCUGAGACUACCAGAAGAGUAUUAUGUAUAUUUGUCAGGAAGCUUUGCGUCAGAGAAUACCAGAAGAGUAUCAAAUAUAUUUGUCAGGAAGCUUUGCGUCUGAGACUACCAGAAGAGUAUCAUGUAUAUUUGUCAGGAAGCUUGUCUGAGACUACCAGAAGAGUAUCAUGUAUAUUUGUCAGGAAGGCUUUGUGUCUGAGAAUACCAGAAGAGUAUCAUGUAUAUUUGUCAGGAAGCUUUGCGUCGGAGAAUACCAGAAGAGUAUCAUGUAUAUUUGUCAGGAAGCUUUGUCUGAGACUACCAGAAGAGUUUCAUGUAUAUUUGUCAGGAAGCUUUGUCUGAGACUACCAGAAGAGUUUCAUGUAUAUUUGUCAGGAAGCUUGUCUGAGACUACCAAAAGAGUUUCAGAAAGCUUUGUCUGAGAAUACCAGAAGAGUAUCAUGUAUAUUUGUCAGGAAGCUUUGUCUGAGACUACCAGAAGAGUUUCAUGUAUAUUUGUCAGGAAGCUUUGUCUGAGACUACCAAAAGAGUUUCAGAAAGCUUUGUCUGAGAAUACCAGAAGAGUAUCAUGUAUAUUUGUCAGGAAGCUUUGUCUGAGACUACCAGAAGAGUUUCAUGUAUAUUUGUCAGGAAGCUUUGUCUGAGACUACCAGAAGAGUAUCAUGUAUAUUUGUCAGGAAGCUUGUCUGAGAAUACCAGAAGAGUUUCAUGUAUAUUUGCAGCACAAUUGAAAACUUGUGAACAUGUAUUUUUUUCUUGUUUUUGUAUCGUAUUUUUGUUUUUUAGAGUUUAAAAAUGACUAGUAUGAAAUACCUUUGAGAGCUUGUUUCAAUCAUAAAGGACAUUGCCUGUUUCACAGUAAUGAAUUAGCACACAGAGAAAAUGCAUUUAUUGUAAGGACAUUUGGCUCCCCCUCAAAGGGUGGAGCCUGGCUCAUGGCGGCAACUCCAAAAUCCGUGGUGCUGAAAUUUCAGCUGUUUUUUUUCUUCUUGUUCUGAGACGAUAUCUCACACACCCCCUCAGACUGCACAACACUAAAGAGAAAAAACACCUGCUCCAGAGUUGGGAGAUAUAUCUUUUGGACGGUGUCCAUAUUGGGACGUCUUUGGACAGUAGCAUGGUGAAAUGUGUAUAGUAUUACAGAUAGGAAUCGGUCUGUUCUCCUGUCUGCUCUACCCCCUUUGACCACCAGGGGGCAAUGCCCCCUCACUCUGAUCUAUCUGCAUGGCAGGGGUCUCAAGCAACCACAGCCGUUUGGUUAUCAGGGAAUAUCUGGAGCCUCCGCAGAUCCAGUAGUGGGCGACAUAGGUGUUCUCUCUCUGAAUUACAUGUAGAUAUUGCACUUUAAAACAAGCAAAGCUGUCGUCUCUCUUUCUGAAUCAACUAGUGCUUCCUGUGGGGGGGGGGGGGGGGGGUGUACUGUACUGUGUGUUUGUGUAAGAGAAUGACGAGUGUGUGGGGGGGGUGUACUGUACUGUGUGUUUGUGUGAGAAUGACGAGGGUGUGUGGGGGGGGGGGUGUACUGUGUGUUUGUGUGAGAAUAAAGAGGGUGUGGGCUGACUUGACGAGCCCAGGUUGGUCUCACCGCCUCCCCCUUCCCUAAAGACUUGAACUUCCAACAUCGUGAGCACAUACCCAUUUCUGUCUGCAGUGCAAUGCAUGUUGGGACAAUUAAAUGCAGGCUCCUCCAUGGCAGACCCCCCCCCCCCCCCCCCCCCCCCAGCACCCACUUUAUAAAUAAAUGGCAGCUACAGGCUACUGCAAUCUAAGACAUUUGACAUCAUGCAAAAACACCUGCAGGAACUUAGUCUACAAUAAGCUGAGAGACUUGCAUUGAUAGGGGAGUGUUAAAGAUGAGGACUUAUCUUUCCCUUUUUUGUGUUGGCAGCAGGUACUUGUAUAUGCAAUCUCAACGUAAUGCGUGUUGGACUCUGGAGGAACUCCAUUGGCGUUGCCAUAACGUUAGUGGAACAUUUGAGCUCACUGGUCUGAAUGACCUGCUAAAGGACCGAGCCAGAGGACAUGGAGGAAAGGUUCUGGAACGGGAGAUUCUGUGUGUGCUGGGGAGUCCGACCCUCUGGUACAAGGGCAUUACUCAAUCACCAACUCUACCUGAGGAGCGGCGGGGAAAGACUCCUGCUGGGAAACACUCCUGCUGGGAAACACCCACCCCAGGCUGGCUACAGAUGGUUUAGUCCAGAAUCCUCUGAACUUUCUGGAAGUUUUCCUUCUCCAUGAAAGAACUUUGUGAGAUGAGUUCUCCCCUCUGUGUGAAGGACCUGAGGAGCAGACAUUUUAGUAGCAGGACCCCUAAACUGAUACUCUGGGGGGGGUAGACUCGCUGUGUUCUUUUGAAAGAGAGUGACCACACAGGUCCUCAAGACUCUACUGCCCCCCCCCCCC